AUGAGGCAGAGAAAACGAAAAGCUUCUGAGUGGUCCAAUCCAAUCCAAACACAAUGCACUGCCAGAGCCAAAAGGAAAUAUCCAGAGGUUGAUGAUAGCCUGUCAUCACGAGGACAAAAACCACUGAAAAAUGAGACUGGCUUAUUGUCGUCAGUUAAAAAAGUCAUUAAAGGAAGAAAACCCCAAAAAAAGAGACAAAAUCCUUUGAAACGAAGUAGAGUUGAAUGUGAUAUAGAUAAUAAUUUGAUCACAUCAACACCAAGAGCAGGAAAAAAGCCUAAGAAACGGAUAUCUCGAGUAAGACGGAAAAGUCAAGUAAAUGGAGGAGCUGGUAGUUAUGAAAUGACAAAUCAACAUGUAAAACAAAGUGGGAAAUUAAAAGAUAAUUUUUCCUCUGGCAGUCCUCCAAGGACAAUACUGUUGAAGACCUUAUUUAUUCCUCUCUUCGACAUUUUUUCACCAGCAAAUAAAAAUGGAACAUCAGGAUCAGAUUCCCCAGGACAAGCUGGGAAAGUUGAAGAGAUAGUAAAACAACUCGAUAUGCAACAAGUGGAUGAGAUCACUACCAGUAUUACUACAUCAACCAAUGGAGCAGCUCACUCAGCUCAAGCAGUUCCAGUGAGUACACUGAGAAACAAUGGGUUAGAAGAAGUAGAAGAAACAGUUAAUUGUGAUAAUCCUCACCUUAUAGCAACAAUGACCCCAGAGAGUUGUUAUUCAUCACCCAUUGCAGAGGCCACCUAUGCAGAAAACUGGGAAGUAUUUGACCCCUAUUAUUUCAUCAAACAUGUUCCACCACUGACAGAACAACAACUAAAUAGGAAACCUGCUCUUCCAUUGAAAACAAGACGCACACAAAAAUUCACCCUAGUUUUAGAUCUGGAUGAAACACUAGUGCACUGUAGUCUAAAUGAGCUAAAAGAUGCAGCACAUACUUUUCCAGUCAUUUUCCAAGAUGUCAUAUAUCAGGUGUAUGUGAGAGUAAGACCAUUCUUCAGGGAAUUCCUGGAACGUAUGUCUCAGAUGUAUGAGAUCAUUAUUUUUACUACUUCUAAGAAGGUAUAUACAGACAAAUUACUGGACAUACUAGACCCUAAAAAGCAACUGAUCAGGCACCAUCUUUUUCAAAAACAUUGUGUUUGUAUACAAGGAAACUAUAUAAAGGAUUUAAAUAUCCUCGGAAGAGAUCUUUCAAAAACCGUAAUAAUUGACAACUCACCACAAGCCUUUGCAUAUCAGCUUUUUAAUGGAAUCCCUAUAAAAAGCUGGUUUAUGGAUAAAAAUGACAACGAACUUCUAAAAUUGAUUCCAUUUCUGGAGAAUCUUGUAGAACUGAAUGAAGAUGUUCGACCUCACAUCAGAGACAGAUUUCACUUGCAUCAUUUGCUGCCCCCAGAUUAA